AUGGCGUUCAAUAUAGAGCCCUGCCAACCUGACACCUCCUCAGUUCCUUCCGCCAGUGACGCCCUGGGCGUGAAUGGUCAGCACCUGGAAAUACCGCUCCUCCGUGGUCCUCUUUUUCAGACACAUCGGAGUCUGACUCCUGUCGGUCUCGUAGGAGCAGGAGCAGACGGUCCGCGUCAACACAGGACCGGUACCCUUACCCGGCACUGUGGCCCGUGCAAUAGCAGCUUCUUGCGCAGUGGCCCUUUGGAUUCCCUGGGCUUUUCAUCAAAGCCAAAGUCAGAGUCAAGGGUCACAUUGCAGGGUGAUGUCGGUGGCUGCGGUCCUGUUCGUACCCCCUCCAGCAUUGUUGGCAUCAGCAGGAUCUGGGGUAGCCCCAUUGCCACCCGGCACGUCCAUUCUGACGCCGCCGGCACCGGCCCCAGUUGUUUUAGCUCCAAUCUCUCCGACACCAACAACGGCUUUGGCACCAACUGCAAUUCCGGCAUUGACGAUGGCCUCAGCACCGAUGACACUUUUGGCACUGGCGGCGGUGUAUGCAAUCCCGACACCGAGGGGCGUGACACCAUGCGGGUUGGCACCAGCCCAAGAAAUCCAGGUGCCACAGGACCCCUUGCGUGUAGAAGGAAGGGAGCAGCCACCUCUUACGGGAGUCUCUUCCUCAUCCUCACCGGACAAGGCGCUGCCAGGCACAGCUACGGCCCCAGUGCUGGAGGACAGCAGGGUGCUAUAGCAAUUGCUGCAGCGGGUUGCCCAGGGCCUGGUCAUUCAGGCAGAGGAGGUAGUGGAGGACACAGAUCCAAUGGUAGACAUUCUUGCCCCCUCUGGACCUGCACAUAUUGCCCUGCCUCUUAUAAAAGACCAACUCUGACACCACAAAAACUUUGUGGCAGACCCCAGCUGCAUUGUCCCUUACGGCUAAGCGCAACGAAAGGCACUACUUUGUGCUGUCCAGGGGCUACGAGCAUUUGUAUACCCCCACCUAAUUCUCUUGUGGUUGAUGCUGCCAACCAAAAUGAAUGCUAGGGCUCCAGGGACUCUCCCUGAAGAAUCGGGAGGCAUAAGAACAUAAGAAUGGCCGUACUUGGUCAGACCAAAGGUCCAUCUAGCCCAGUAUCCUGUCUACUGACAGUGGCCAAUGCCAGGUGCCCCAGAGGGAGUGAACCUAACAGGUAAUGAUCAAGUGAUCUCUCUCCUGCCAUCAAUCUCCACCCUCUGACAAACAGUCUAGGGACACCAUUCCCUAGAUGCAAAACAACUCGACCUUUAUGGGAGAAAGGUCUAUUCCACUGGCAGAUUGCAGCUCUGCAUCUUUAAUCAGCAGGCCAUUGUCAGCAGGUACUGGUAUAACACAUGUGGGGCAGUGGCGAAGUUUGCGGAACUGAUGUUGCAGGACUCCCGCGUUGAGUUUUUGGCUCUGGUGGAGGAGGGGAAGCUCAUUUCACGAGCUUCGCUACAAACCGCACUGGACGGAGCGGCUAUCCGCAUAAUGGCCAUGGGCAUAGCCAUGAGAAAGGUCUCCUGGCUCCAGGUCUUAGGCCUGCCGUAUGAAGUCGAACAGACUAUUCAGGAUCUCCCAUUCGAGGAUUCAGCUCCUUUCUGAGAAAACAGACAAAAGGCUACAUAGCCUAAAGGACCCGAGAGCCACUCUCAAAUCAUUGGGCCUCCAUACUCCUGCUACACAGCGGAAGCAUUUUAAACCGCAACCUCCUCCGCGCUUCUACCAGCAGAACUAUCAGGCCGGUUCCUGGAGGAGGAAUGGUAGUGGCAGGAAAAAGCCUCACCCAUCCUCAGGCCAGGCUCUGGCCAAUCCAAACCACCUUCCAGUCCCAAACUGGCCUUUUGAAGGUGCAGUUGAGGACGGUGCCCCAGAAUAAAAACUGGAUCUACCCCACCUUACCUUUUUCGUCCCAACUGUCCCCUUUCUACCGUGCGUGGUCCCGUAUCACUUUGAAUCGCUGGGUGCUCUGUACGGCAGAGAGGGGGAUACUCCAUCCAAUUCUGUGCCCUCCCACCCCUCUUCCCCGUCCCUCUUCAGGGACCCCUUCCCCUAGCAAUUCCUUAUACUGGAGGUGCACUCACUCCUUUUGCUAGGGGCUAGGGAAAGAGGUUCCUCAGGAACAGAAGGGCAUGGUUUUCUAUUCUCGGUAUUUCCUAAUACUGAAAGCCAAGGGUGGGCUCAGGCCCAUACUAGACCUGCGAGAAUUCGACAAAUUUGUGAAGACGCUCAAGCUCCGCAUGGUCUCUCUGGCCUCCAUCUUCCCUUCAUUGGAUCCAGGAGACUGUAUGCCACCCUCGACUUGGAGGAUGCAUACUUUCACAUAACGAUAACUCAGUCCCACAGAAAAUACCUCAGGUUUGUGGUGAACAACACCCACUGUGAGUUCACAGUACUCCUGUUCUGCCUGUCGGACACUUCAAGUAUUCACCAAGUGCAUGGCAGUCGUGGCCACAUUCCUCCACAGGCGACAAGUACAGGUCGACGACUAGCUGAUCAAAGGCUGAUCCAGGACUCAAGCCUUCAUAAGAGCUUCUUUCGACAAACUGGGUCUGCUACUGAACAAGGGGAAAUCAAAGCUGUCCCUGGUUCAGAGGAUAGGAUUUGUGGGGGCAAUACUGGACUUGACACACGCCAGGGCAUUUCUUCCAGAAGUGAGAUUUCAAGCUCUGGGUGACAUUAUUCGAGGUCUCAGACAAUUCCACAGCACGGAACUGCCUGAAACUUCUUGAACAUAUGGCAGCUUGUACCUAUGUAGUACAGACUCACACUUUGACCUCUUCAGUCAUGGCUGGCGUCAGUGUAUCGGCCAGCCCAGGACAAUUUGGACAGGAUUGUACCCCUGCCUCGUCCGGUACUCGACUUCCUCCUGUGGUGUCUCGACCCGCAGGUAGUAUGUGCAGGGAUCCCUUUCACCACUCCUCAGCCAUCCCUCUCGCUAGUGACAGACGCGUCAGACUUGGGCUGGAGCCACAUUUGGGAGACCUGAGAACACAAGACUUCUGGUCUCAGGUGUAUCUUGCUCUCUACAUCAAUGUCAGAGAGCUGAGAGCGGUAUGCCUGGCAUACCAGAUUUUCCAAGCAUAUCUAGCAGGGAGACGUGCAUCAGUCAUGACAGACAACACCACGGUGAUGUUUUAUAGCAACCAACAGGCGGCUGCAUGCUCCUCUCCCGUGCCCGGAAGCCUCAUGCUAUGGGACUUCUGUGUAGAACACUCUGUACACCUGCAAGCAUCGUACCUCCCUGGAGUACAGAACGAGUUGGCAGACCAUCUCAGCAGGUCGUUCUAUGGACACGAAUGGGCCCUUCGCCCAGACAUCGUGAACUCAAUUUUCCAUCAGUGUGGUUUUCCCCAGAUAGACCUGUUCACCACGCGAUGCAACAGGAAGUGUCAGCAGUUUUGCUCUUCCUGAAUCACAGCCCAGGCUCCAUCGCGGACACGUUCCUCUUCCCAUGGGGAGGCCGUCUCCUAUACGCGUUCCCACCCAUCCCUCUCGUUCACAAGGUGCUCAAGAUACAGAGGGAAGAAACUUUGGGAUUCUGAUAGCUCCAGCCUGGCCCGCCAACACUGGUACGCAUCACUCCUGCAAAUGUCUGUGGAAGCUCCAGUCACGUUGCCGCUCUUCCCGGACUUACUAACUCAGGAUCACGGCCAUCUCCAGCAUCCGAGCCUAGAGUUGCUGCACCUCACAGCAUGGAAGCUCCAUGGCUGAAACCAGUGGAGCUCUCCUGCUCAGACUCGGUUAGGCAAGUCCUCCUGGUCAGUAGAAAGCCCUCCACCACCAGGGCUACCUACCUUGCUAAGUGGAAGAGAUUUUCAAUCUGGUCGGCACAGCAUCAUCCAUCCCUGACGCUCGCCUCUGGGCCACUUAUAUUAGACUAUCUCCUCCAUCUCAAGCAGCAGGGGCUGUCCAUGUCGUCAAUAAGGGUCAUCCAGGUGCAAAAGACCUCUCGGUCUUUGCCUACCCUAUGGUCAGCCGUUUCCUUAAAGGGCUCAAUAGGCUAUACCUGCAUGUCCGGCAGCCUGUCCCGGCUUUGGAUCUCAAUCUGGUCCUUUCCAGACUCAUGGGACCACCCUUUGAACCUUUGGCGACGUGCUCCCUGCUCCAUCUCUCAUACAAGGUAGCAUUUCUGGUAGUGAUAACCUCAGCCAGGAAGGGUGUCUGAGCUCAAGGCCCUGACUUUAGAGCCCCCUUACACUGUGUUCCAUAAGGACAAAAUCCAGCUGAGACCUCACCCAGUUUUCCUCCUGAAGGUUGUCUCCCAGUUUCACAUCAACUAGGACAUCUUCAUCCCAGUAUUUUAUCCUUAACCGCACUCAAGUGGCAGGUAGCAAAGACUUUACUCAUUGGAUGUCUGCAGAGUGCUAGCCUUCGACAGAACAAAACCUUUCCGAAAGUCGGUGCAGUUAUUCGUGGCAGUGGCGGACAGAAUGAAAAGUUGUCCUGUCUCUUCUCAACGGAUUUCGUCAUGGAUCAUGUCCUGCAUCCGGGAAUGCUACAACCUGGCAGGGGUCCCUGCUUUUUCGAUCACUGUGCACUCCACCAGAGCUCAAGCCUCUUCAACAGCAUUCCUGGCACAGGUUCCCACCCAGGAUGUUUGCAGAAUGGCGACAUAGUCCUCCAUUCACUCUUUCACCAUGCACUAUGUAAUAGCCCAGCAGACCAGAGACGAUGCAACCUUUGGAAGAGUGGUGCUCCAAUCAGUGGACGACUCUGACGCCACCUCCUGAACUUGAGCUUGUGAGUCAUCUGAUUGGAAUGGACAUGAACAAGCACUCAAAGAAAAAACGGUUAUUCACCUUUUCUUAACUGUUCUUUGAAAUGUGUUCAUGUCCAUUCCAAUACCCAGCCUCCUACCCCUCUGUUGGAGUAGCCGUGAAGAAGGAACUGAGAGUGUGGCGGGUCGGCAGGGCUCUAUAUUGAGCGCCAUAAAGGCACGACUCCAGGGGGCGCCUAGGCCGACCCGACAGAUGCUGCUAUGGGAAAAUCUUCCAGCUACCGUCCACGUGCGUGCGCGCACACCUACUUGGAAUGGACAUGAACAACACAUCUCGAAGAACAACAGUUACGAGAAGACGAGUAACCAUUUUUUCUUCAAGAUGUGCAGGCCUUAUCUGUAUUCCACUACCUGUCCUCCUUCCCCACUGCUUCACAUAAUGACUAGAUUUGACUAGAGAAGGAUCAGUCUGCCCCGUCCCACCCCUUAUACCCUCCGUAUAGAGCAUGAGGAGAGCAGGGAUGCAGGUGCAGACCAACUACUUGUAAGAAUUUUCCGGUCUUAGGUCAGUGCAGCGUAGGAAUACCCACAGUGGAAUACAGAUAGGGACCAGACAUCUCGAAGAACUCCAGUUACAACAAGAUAAUUAACGUCCCUUUUCCAUUAUAACUUUAUAAAUAUAAUUUUUUUUUAUAACCCUAAUUUUGACUCUAUUCAUGAGGUUGGGACUCUUCAUAUGUACUCUUAAAGCAAGAGGAAAAUUUUGGGGGCAAGAAUUUUAAAUCAAUCUGACAAGCUAAUUUUGAAUCAUAACCGUUGAAAAAUUGAAAUGAUUUGGAGAGAGGGGGUGGGGGAGGAAUUGACUCUAGGCCUCAUGUCAGUCUGUCAUUCUGAGGCUAUGUAGUCCAAGGAAAAGUAUAGCAGGCGUAUUCCAUAUUAAAAUAUUUUUGUUAAAGACUGUUGGGGAGACCCAAAAAAGAUAUGUGACGUUUACAAUAUAUCAAUGGUCAAAGCAGAGCCAGAGGAUGGAUUGAUUGACAGGAUCCAGUCACUGCUUUUGCAAGUUGUUUCUUGACUAAUUUGAGAUCAAGACAGGACGAGCUGGAUAGUUCGAGGGGCUGAAGGUAAUAGAAGUUUUUUCACAAUUAGCAUGUUGAGGUAAAGAUCCAGGUCCUCAAAGCAUUAGGUGUUUAAUUUCUUUUGGGAAUGGGAGUUAGGUAUCUAAAUAAUUUUGAGGAUCUAGGCCAAGAUGUCUUUUUCACUAGCCAUCGCUCCUCAAAGGGCAUGAAAACUUUCUGCGAGAGGGGAAUUCUGCCCUGUCUCAUGCUGGAAGUACUAGACUCAGCUGAAUGAAAAGGUUGUAGUGGAUGUAUUUUUAAAGGGAGAAUUUUAUCACCUUUUGAUAAUUAGCUGGCCAUAAUGUGGAUAUUUUAAAGUAUUGGCUACUUUGGAGCAAGGCUCUCCAACUGGAAGGGACAGUGGUCUGUCCCGCUAUGUUCAGUGUUGUGUAAAUUGUUGAGAUUAAAGUUAGUCUUAAACCUUUAAAAAAUUAUUUUACCAGAUGUAGUAUAUGUAUAUUUUAAGUGUUUAAAAUUAUGGUUUUUUAGGUAUUAUAUGUCUGUACAGGUUCAGCUGCAAUGUGAUGUGAUCAAUAUCCCAUGUCCUAAACAGUCGUUUCAGGCCUGAAUACAAUUCUUCCUAAAUAUUUAUUUAUGCUUUAUAAUAUCCUCCUGUAUAAUCUAGGCUCCCACUAUUUGUAGAUGAGAUAAAAAAUAGCAGCUGAGAAACAAAGUAAAUAAAUUAAAGUUAUAUCAAAUUAUUAUUUAUUUAACAGGGAGAACUCAAAGGAAGGAACAGAGCUUAUGUCCUGGGAUUCUUAGGUGUCUCCUCUCUGCAUGAAGUAUUCAACAGUGUUGCAAAAGUCUGGAUGUACUAUGGAGCCUCCAAAAUAUUUUUUACUCUGCAAAUUUUUCAAGCCUCCCUCCUCUGUCCCGAAGGCUAUCUCAGAUAAGGCAGCGAAAAAAACGGACGUGAGAUGAAAUGUUCUUGGAAAUCAUGCAAUCGACCCGCGAUGAAAGAGCUCAUCCGAAUGAGUGGAAGGACAAGGUCUCAAAGUACAGGAAAGAUGCCAGGAGGGACCAACGUGAGGACAGGAGGGACGUUCGAGAUGAGAG